GUUUGUGGUGUUUAUUUGUACAAAAUAUUGUGUACUGUGCAUUCCGCGUAGUAUCAAUACUAUUUUUGGGUUUUCGAGAACUUCGGAUGGCGAAGGGUCUUAUUAAUUGGGGAGAAGUAAAAAAGCAUCAGUCAUUGAAAGACCGUUGGAUUGUUAUUGACAACAAGGUUUAUGACGUGUCAAGUUGGCAGAAUAGACAUCCGGGGGGUCGCAAAGUUAUCGGUCACUACGCCGGUCAAGACGCAACAGGUGCAUUCAUUGCAUUUCACAAAAACCGUCAGUAUGCUGAAAAGUUUUUGGGUGCAUACUACGUCGGAGAUCUGGACCAAGAUUGUCCAGAAGACAAAGAUAUAAAUUCUAAAAUUAAGGAGUACCACGAGGAUCUAGAAGGUGUACGUAAUAUCCUAGUUCAGCAGGGACUAUUUGAUGGAAGCAAACUCUUCUUUGGUACAAUGAUGCUUCAAAUUUUUGUGCUCGAAUCACUGGCAUAUUUAAACUUGGCAUAUUUCGGAACCAGCUGGUGGCGAAUUAUGUUAUCAGUUAUACUGUAUUCAAUAUCUCAAGGUCAAGCAAGUUGGCUGCAACACGACUUAGGACAUCUAUCGGUAUUUGGGAGUACGCGAAUAAAUCAUAUUUUCCAUGAAAUUAUCCUUGGUUUAACUAAGGGAGCUUCUUGCCAUUGGUGGAAUCACAUGCAUUCUCAACAUCAUGCUAAACCGAACGUGAUUGAUAAAGAUCCAGAUACCCGACUAGAACCAAUUUUUGUUGUUGGUGAUAACGUGCUUAGAAGAGCAGCUAGUCCUGAAAGUAAAUGGACGUGGCAUUUUCCUUAUGAACACCAGCAUAAAUAUUUUUUCCUAAUUGGUCCCCCUCUAUUAUUUCCUGUUUAUUUCCAAAUCAUGUCCUUCCGUCAUAUGUGGAUUCACAAAAGAAUAGAGGAUUUUCUGUACGUCACGGGAUUUUGCGCAAAGUUACUCUCUCUUUAUUAUUCAUUGCUUGGAUUCUGGGGAACUUUGGGCUAUUUUUUUGUUGUAAGAGUCAUAGAAAGUCACUGGUUCACUUGGGUUAGUCAGUCAAACCAUUUGGCUAUGCCAGUAGAUUAUGAUCGAGCUGAACCAUGGUUUCGUUUACAGCUAAAUGGAACAUGCAAUGUUGAAAAUUCGCUAUUCAAUGACUGGUUUACAGGACAUUUGAAUUUCCAGAUAGAACAUCACCUAUUUCCAACUAUGCCAAGACAUAAUUAUCAUCUAGUAAGGCCUUAUGUAAAAGCUUUAUGUGAAAAGUAUAACCUUCCUUAUCGCGUUAAGCCAAUUGGAAUAGCCUUUAAAGAUGUUUUCAAAUAAAUUUCACCAAACUUUGUAUUGUACUUGUGCAAGCUUCUAUUGAUAAUGUUACAAAUCGAUACUAGUGGAUUAUCAGCAUCUUCCUAAUACAGUAUAGGUUUAGAUGAAUAUCGAUUGUAGACUAGACCUAAAUGUUACUAAAAAUAUUCACUCUUGUUUAUUAUAACGAUCGACAUUGAACAAUCAAUUGGUUUGGGUCACUUAAAAAUGUUCCGGUUCGUGAGAAAUUUUCUUAAUUGAUCUUCAUAUUGAUAUUAAAUUUUACUCAUUUUAUUGUGUUAUUGUUUAUACAAAGUAUAUCAGAGUGUUCACUUAACAAACUGGUGUGUAAUGAGAAAUAUGGAAUUUAUUUAACACGACCAAUUAAUCAUGUAUAGUUAAAAUGUUUGUAAAUUUAACCUUGUACGAAGUCCAUACUUAAGUGUUACAAAUAACCUGGAUAGCUCUUAAGAGUAGAAUAUGUUUAAAUCUGUGUACAGUUUUCAACACAAAUCCAUACAGUGGUGUUAUUUAUGCUUCGUCAAAUACAAUAAAACCUUCAGAGAAAUUUUAUCUUAAUUGUAUAUGCUCUUUAAUGUUAUUGUGCGGAAUCGCAUAAUGUUUUAUAUUUAUUGUUUUAAAUAACUAUCGGAUCUAUACGAAGAAUAUUAUGAUAAAUGGUUACUCAGAGAGACACUUAAGCGUGGAUAUCGUAGAUUACUUUUAAUUUUAAAGCAUUUAGAAAGUUACCUUUCCAUUUUCCUAGUUAACAAGCCCGAAUAACUUGUUAUCAACUUGCAUCACUAUAAACUCACAUUUACGACCUAAAUCUCACAUUCACAUAGUUGCAUUACAAACCAAAUUCUAAAUUACUGAUCAACCUUUUAAGAAUACACUACUCUUGUUUGUGCUUUCAUUAUUUAAACAUAUGGAAACUUAUGUAGCUACCAAUGUAUUCAUACUCUGCACCCAUUCAUUGAGAUCUUUUAAAUGUUUCCUAUUUAGAUUGAGAUACUAAUGAAUGACUUACAGAAUUUUCUGUACACUAGCUUCCAUCUAAUAUGUAUUUCAGAAGUUGAAAUUUUUCUUAUAUAUAUGAGUAGAAGUUUAUGCAAUUUACAAUAUAAAUGACUCAAGAAUCGAUAAUCAGUUGACUCCUGAUUACAAAUUUAUCCAUCAUGAAUUUUUUCCAUCCUCAAUAAUAAGAAUUUGUUAUCAUUAAAAGUUGUCUCAGAAAUAAAAUAAUAAACAGUCAUAGCUUAAUUCAUCCCUCCAUUUUUACUGAUAAGAAAAAGUUUAAAAAAUUAUUUCUUUUUGUUUGAUAAAUUAAUCUAAAAAAAAGAACAAAAACAAAUCAGCAUCUCAUUAUCAUAUUCAUUAACAUUUACUUUUUAUUUAUCUGUCUGAAUGAAAUAACGUAAAGAAUUCUUCCUACUGAAUAUCUCUUUUAUCAUUAUUUUAGAAUAUUGAAAUCAAGUGCAGAAUCAUGGAAAAAAGUAAAAUGUGAAAAAGAAAAAUGUAUGAAAAAACUUCUUGAUGAAUAAAUGAAUAUCUUUAUUAUCAUGUUAUUUACAUAUUUCAUAAUGUAUUGUUUCUAAUUAAAAUUGACCUAAAAAAAACAUGUUCAUAUAUGAACGUAUUGAUCUUAAUUCAUAACUAAUGAUUGUUAAAGUGCUUUUCUACAUAAAUAAACAUCGACAUAAUUUACUUUUGGUAAUGAUAUUUGUUUAUUUUUAAUAUUUAAAAAAGAAGGUAUUACUUGUUUGUUAAUUGAAAGUGUUCUUCUUAGUUACAGAAUAAAUGCUUAUUCGUACAGCGGUAACAUCUUAUGGAUUUUUUUUAUUGCAGGAAAUAAAUUCCAAUAGGUUGCAUGAACUUAAUCUGUGAUUCUUUUUCUUCUUAAUUCUCACUAUGUAUUUUUAUAAGUGUGGAAAACAUAGUGCUUAUUCAUUCAAUUUUCGUUUUAUUAGUUAUUGUGUGUUUAAGUCCUAAAAAAUGAAACGUGUAUCGUUUAUGU